AUGGAGAAAACAAAUGACCAGCCCAAGGUCAGAGACAGGGUCAGGGAGGAGCCGCAGGACGCCUCAGACCCUUCCGAAGGGGAUGAUGUGCAAGGACAGUGGGAAAGCGACAGCUCGUCCUCGUCCGCCGAUGACGGCGGGGAGCCUGAGGACAGCGACAUUCCGGGCGAGGUGGAGGAAGAGGAGGAGGAGGAGGAAGAGGAGGAGAGUCAUAACCACAGUGCUACGAAGUAUGUUCCCCCUCAAGUAAGGAAAGCUCAGGAGACACUAGAUGACAAGAAAAGAGAAGAAUUGGGAAGACUGAAGAAAAUGGUGAAUGGUCUCAUUAAUAGGUUGAGUGAACCGAAUUUGUCCUCCAUUAGUGGACAGAUGGAAGAGCUCUACAUGGCCAACAGUAGAAAGGACAUGAAUGAAACUCUGACACAUACUCUCAUGAAUGCUUGUGUUACUGCAGUUGCCAUGCCUGCAAGACUGAUAAUGGAGCAUGUCCUUUUGGUCAGCAUUCUCCAUCAUAACGUAGGAAUUGAGGUUGGUGCUUACUUCUUGGAAGCUGUGGUGAAGAAAUUUGAUGAGCUAUGUAAAAGUGAUGCUGAAGGGAAAGAAUGUGAAAAUCUGCUUGCCUUGAUUGCUCAUCUGUAUAACUUCCAUGUGGUUCAUUCCCUGCUGAUCUUUGAUAUUCUGAAAAAGCUUGUUAGCACUUUCACUGAAAAAGAGAUUGAGUUGAUUCUGUUUCUUCUGAAAAACGUGGGCUUUUCCUUAAGAAAAGAUGAUGCGUUGGCUUUGAAGGAACUGAUCACUGAAGCCCAGAGAAAAGCAAACGCAGCAGAGAAGAAACUCCAGGAUCAGACUAGGGUUCGUUUUAUGCUAGAGACCAUGUUGGCACUAAGGAAUAAUGACAUGCGGAAGAUUCCUGGUUAUGAUCCUGAACCAGUUGAGAAGCUCCGCAAAUUUCAGAGAGCACUGAUUCACAGCAGUGGUUCUGGAAAAGAAACUCAGCUCCGUGUCUCCCUGGAAUCUCUUCUCAGUGCUGAUCGGGUUGGUCGCUGGUGGAUUGUAGGGUCAUCCUGGAGUGGAGUACCAAUGAUUGAUGAUACAAACAGCAAGACUCAGCAAAAACUGCGUAUAGGAAAGGUGAGUUCAAAGAUAAUGGAGCUUGCUCGUAAGCAGAGAAUGAACACCGAUAUCAGGAGAAGUAUUUUUUGUGUUUUGAUGACAAGUGAAGACUUCCUGGAUGCCUUUGAAAAGCUUCUCAAGCUUGGACUGAAAGAUCAGCAGGAGCGAGAAAUUGUUCAUGUUAUCCUUUACUGCUCCUUACAGGAGAAGACAUAUAACCCCUUUUAUGCAUUUUUGGCUAACAAAUUUUGUGAAUACGAAAGACGAUUUCAGGUGACAUUUCAGUUUAGUAUUUGGGACAAAAUCAGAGACUUAGAAAACCUGUCAGCCACUGCCAUCUCCAACUUGGUUUCACUGUUGGCUCACUUAUUGAGGACAAAAUCACUGCCACUUUCAGUUCUCAAGGUAAUUGAAUUCGGUGAACUAGAUAAACCCAAAGUUCGUUUCUUGCGACAAGUAUUAAGCAUGCUGUUAAUCAAAACAGAUGCUGAAGAACUUAGUGACAUUUUUGUGAGGAUGUCUGACAACCCCAAAUUGGGAAUGCUACGGGAAGGCUUGAAACUCUUCCUUACCCACUUCUUACUGAAAAAUGUACAAGCCCGAGGAAGUGCUGAAGAAGCUAGCUUAUUAAAAGAAAGAGUUGAACUAGCAACCAAGGCUUUGCAAGCAAAAGAACCCAAAUUGAAGCUAUAGUUCUGUUUUUCUAAUAAAACAUACAGAAAAACUGAGUCUGCAUGAAGAUGCAAAGCUUUGUUAGUCCUUCAGACCCAAAUAAUUAAGAAUGAGGAGAGCAGUGUUAGCCUAAAGGAUCUUUUUUUUUUUUUAUGUAAACAGUUACUUUGCUCUACACACUAGUUACAGAUUUAGUUGAAGGUUAUACAAAGGCCUUUUUGAAGAAAGGGAAAAUUUUUUUUUGUCAUGUCCCUUUUUAG